AUGAGAAGAAAGCGAGCAAAUGAUGAUGAUGAUGAUGAUGAUGAUGAUGAUGAUGAUGAUGAUGAUGAUGAUGAUGAUGAUGAUGAUGAUGAUGAUGAUGAUGAUGAUGAUGAUGAUGAUGAUGAUGAUGAUGAUGAUGAUGAUGAUGAUGAUGAUGAUGAUGAUGAUGGUGAUGAUGAUGAUGAUGAUGAUGAUGAUGAUGAUGAUGAUGAUGAUGAUGAUAUGAUGGAUGAUGAUGAUGAUGAUGAUGAUGAUGAUGAUGAUGAUGAUGAUGAUGAUGAUGAUGAUGAUGAUGAUGAUGAUGAUGAUGAUGAUGAUGAUGAUGAUGAUGAUGAUGAUGAUGAUGACUGA